AUUGACGUUGAUGUUCCACGCGAGGCAGCUCUCCAAGCUUGCUGGCCCGCGACGAAUGAUGGCGCAUUACUACCUCGAGAACCUGAAUGAAGCUCAACGAAAAGCUGUUCGACACCCUCCGAAUGUGCCACUACAGAUCUUGGCCGGUCCUGGUAGCGGAAAGACAAAGGUGUUAACCUCACGAAUUGCUCACCUGAUAAUGGGUCAUGGGCUCUCUCCACAUGAGAUCUGUGCAGUCACUUUCACCAACAAGGCCGCAGCGGAGAUGAGGGUGAGAUUAAGCAGGUUGAUCGGAGAAGAUAAUACCAGUAAAGUCACGAUGGGUACGUUUCAUGCUCUAUGCGCGAGAUUUCUGCGCGUACAUGCAAGCGUUAUUGGGCUCGAGCAUAACUUCACGGUAUGUGACGCGGACGAAAGCAAAAAGAUGAUCAAGACAUGCUAUGAGACAUACAAAGAUGUGCUAGAAGACAGCGGAAUUGUCAUUGCAGAAGCUGCUGUCGCCUCAAUCAUAUCCAAGGCAAAAGCAGAAGGCCACAGUGCUGCCGAUUUUCUCAAAAAAUGUCGUCAUAUAACUCAAAGCAUUAGGAAAUCCUCUUCUAAUGCGCCUGGUACGCGUAAGAUCGACAAUAUCCACGCUGUUGUCGCCAAGGUCUAUCAAAAGUACCAGGAUCAUCUGCGAGCGGCCAACAGUCUCGACUUUGAUGAUCUCCUGAUGUAUGGCGUUGAACUCUUGUCGCGAGAUCCUACAAUCAGUGAAUGGUGUCGACAUAUCCUUGUCGAUGAGUUUCAGGACACAAACGACGUACAGUUCAAACUGAUGCAACAUAUUGCAACGUCAAGCAGAUGCGUCACAAUCGUAGGCGAUCCAGAUCAGUCUAUCUAUGGAUGGCGGUCUGCCAAUACGGAGAAUCUUUCGAAGAUGCAAAAAGCCUUCCCGCUCACUCGUCAGAUAUUCCUGGAGCAAAAUUACAGGUCAACUGCAUCUAUUCUCAACGCUAGCAUGGCCAUUGUGGAACAAGUGGAAGAUCGGAUACCCAAGACAUUGCGACAUACUCAUGCGGGAGGUCUCAAACCAGUCUUGCAACGAUUCUACGAUGGUCGCGAGGAAUCCGCGUUCAUUGUAAGGGGCAUCAUCAAGAAGCUGGUGGCCGCUACAGGGGGCAUGCUGCGAUGGGGAGACUUCGCGAUUCUCCUACGUUUCAAUGCAUACUCGCGGCCGUUCGAGAGUGCGCUGCAAAGUCAAGGUAUCCCUUGCCGGGUCUUAAGGGGUUACAAGUUCUCUGACCGAGCAGAGGUCAAAGAUAUCGUGGCUUACCUGCAGCUGGUCGACAAUCCCAAGUACUCGCCUGCCUUCGAUCGAAUAAUCAAUAUUCCACGCCGGGGUAUUGGAAACAAGGCUCUGUCCGAAAUAUACGCAUUGGCUACGCAGGAAAAGAUAUCUCCUAUGGAAGUCGCCGAAUGCGUGCAUGCUGGACACGUCGGUGAUCCGAAGUCCGCUCUGAGACAGAAGGUCACGUCAUUUGUGAAAAUCAUCCUGGAGUUACGUAGGCAGGCGAACAAGGGUGCAUCAGCCUCAGACCUUAUUCGCUCAAUGCUCGAAUUGUCCGACUACGGAAAACACCUCAGGUCUCAGCCGGAUUGGGAAGAUCGUUGGGAGAACGUGCAGGAGUUGAUCAGUUUUGCCGCCGAAUUCCAGCCAGAGAGUCCGACAUCUUCUUCCGACUUGACGCAGACAAAGGAAUCACACUUGAAGGAGGCUCGACAGGUGCCUGGAGAGAAGGACAGCCUCGCUUCGACUGAAGAACCCCCUCUCCGUGCCUUUAUUCAGGCGAUGGGAAUCUCCAAUGAUGCGGAAUCGGGAGACGACGAUAUCCGUGACCAGAAAGUGAAUAUUGCCACAUGUCAUGCGGCAAAGGGGCUCGAAUGGCCUGUGGUUAUCAUACCCGCCAUGGAAGAGGGGACCUUUCCCGCACCACAUAGCGACGAUCGUGACGAAGAGCGGCGAUUGUUAUACGUUGCAUGCACACGCGCACAAUGUCUCUUAUACGUUACGCAUGCAGACAGGCGCAUGAUAGCCGGCAAAUAUCAAACUAAGAGGAUGUCACGAUUCUUAUCGACCGUACUUGAGAACGACCCAGAAUUGUUCACCGAUGAGCAAGGGAGAUUCUUGGGAAGCGACCUAGAACAGCUUGCUCAAAUGCUUGGUAGAGAAGUCCCAGACAAACAUGAGAUAGAGCGGAGAAUGGCUGCAUAUAACGCUGCCAUGGAGCCUUGCUCGACCGGUGAUCACCAAGAUUUCUUUGCCGGUCGUUCAUCCGAGCUACCACUGAAUGCCUGGACGUCGACGGAGUUCAUUUCUGCGAAAGCGUCUGUGGAAGGGAGGCUUCCAACACGGCCUUCGCACCCUCAGCAAAACUCUAGGCCUCUGUCACCUUCGCGAAGACCCAAUCUUGACUCGUCAUCUGCCUUGCUGACUUCGCGACCACAAUCCUCCACAACUAGUCAAUUCCAGCAGGAGGUGCCCCCCAGUGCCAUGAAGGCCAUUCGCAAAGAGACUUUCUCCAGCUCCGGCAACGCGGAGCCAGCGAUUGCGAAGGAAAUCCCGCCUGCGAUGCCAUUGGCCACCACGAAUCAAACACGUGCACCUCCAAGAACAGGUUCUUCUGCAGCAGGUCCAUCUGCGCAUGGGAAGCCGAAUGCUCCUUCUACUGCUACGCUCACAGGAGGCAAGCGACGUCUAGGCAUGAGCCGCACGGCCGUCGGGUACCCCAAUAAGAAAUUCAAGCCCCCCGGCGGACUGCCAUGAAGUUCCUGGCGUAUGACCGAUACUCCGCACCUUUGCAGGACCCUUGGCUGCACCAUGGUAUUGAUAAUUUAUUACUUCUGUACUCAUAGAUGCUAUUGACUUGAUCUCAUUCAUGCUUCUAUAUGAUGUUAUUUGGCAUCUCUGUGUCUAUUUCUCACAAAGAAGCCCGUCAGAAGGCCGCAAGGAGGCCUUCAUCCAGUCAUUCAGUGUGUUCCUGUUGUUACGCGAUCCUCGUGGGAUCCUCGAGGCUACAUUGCAAGCGUUGCCCAGG